AUGAUGCUCAACCUACUCACGGCAAUCUUUGUCGUUGCGGCAGGAGCUGGCCUCCUAGCAUGCCUGACGCUCGGUCUGCUUUCGCUCUCACAGUACAUCGAGUUCCACGCCUCUAAAGCUCGUCGAAUCGGCCUUCGCUCCUUGGGCGUCAUUGUGGUGGUCGAAGGUCUAGUCGUCUUUCUCGACGAUGUACCGUUGACCCCGCUGCUUCCAGCUUUAAUCGCUGCAUCCUUGCACUAUUCUGCACUGCGAGAUCCGUUCUGGCCUUACUCUGCCGCUUCCUCUAGCCUUGGCCUCUGCACGAGCAUCGCCUCUCUCGUACUUCUCCCCCUCACGUCACACAUCUGGCUAGUCCGAUACCACACGCUAAGCCAGCACGCGUGGCAGACGCAUCGAUACGACACUUUGCAUCGGCAUAGACUGCCCGGUGGUAGACUCGACUGGGACGUGGCGAGCACAGAGCCACCAGCGACGCGAGAGAUGACCAACCUGCAGGUCUGCGCCGUACUGGUAGUGUGUGUUUGGUCCAUCCCCGUAUACAGGCUGCUCGGAAGGGUUGCUGCUGCCGAGUGGGGUUGCAGUGGUGGUAUGGUGGCUGGGCAGAGCCGCAUGUCAGGAGUCCAGUGA